AUGAAUCCUACACAUACACAUGCACACGGCAGCACUCCGGCCAUACAGGCAGAGCACCUGUCCGUCUCUUGCGCGCUCUCGCCUCAGCAGCAUCUCCCACAGACGCAGAGCGGCAGCGCAGCUCAGGCUCUCCACAAUGAGAUUCCAGGCACUUGCGGCUCGUCUGCAGCAGCGAUAGGCGAAAAGAGGAGAGAUAGAGAGAGCGCCUCAUCUCCUCCUCAGCCCAGAGUGAGGACAGAGCGACGCGAGAGGCAGAAGCACCCGGAGGAAACCCGGAGGAAACCCGUGGAGUAA